AGAGCAUGGCUUCUCUGGCCAGAUGCCUGGUCCUUCUCUCAUCAGUCUUCCUCCCGCUGACUGCUGCCAAUGAGGGGUCCAUAAGUCGGAGCCCAUCGCGUCUGAUGAGAGAUCCUUCCUGCUGCAAGUCACAACUCAAGAUAGGAGGGCUCUUCAAGGGGAAGGAUGGCUUCGAAGAGCACGCUAUCAAUCCCAUCUUCAUGAAGAUUGACCAUAUCGACGAGUGGCUUCCUGCUGAGAAGUAUGAGACUCCUCUGACAUGGCGCGGAGCCAUGGUGGGCCAGGACGAAACGGUGCUUGACGUUCUGUACCUGAACUCUCCCCGCGCGUCCCAGAAGAAUUUGCUGUACAGGCAGUGGGUACGUGCAGGUCCACGAGACUUCCUCUACUUCAAGCCGAAGGAGGUCGUUGCUGCCAUCGUCACGUGCGGAGGACUGUGUCCUGGACUGAACAAUGUCAUCAAGGCGAUAGUGGACACCUUGAUCAAAACCUAUGACGUGAAGAAAGUCUGGGGCAUCCAGUUUGGAUACAAGGGGUUUUACAGCUUGCCGUGGGUCGACCUUGACUGCAAGACCGUCGAGAACAUUCACAAGAGAGGAGGAACGGUCCUCGGCUCCUCCCGUGGGGGAGGGCCCAAGGAGAAUAUGGACAAGAUCAUGUCAGCUCUGACCUCCAACGGAGUCAACCAGGUGUAUGUGGUCGGAGGCGACGGGACACAUCGAGGAGCAAACCUCAUCUCUCAGGAAGCAGCGCGGAGGGAGUAUGCUAUGUCCGUUUGCGGAGUGCCAAAGACCAUUGACAAUGACGUGGCAUUCAUCGACAAGUCGUUCGGUUUCGACUCUGCAGUAGCUGAGGCUUGCAAGGUCAUCAACUGCGCAAGGAUCGAAGCUGACGACUCGCACAACGGCAUCGCGAUCGUCAAGCUCAUGGGCCGAGAGUGCGGAUUCGUUGCAAUGUACUCGGCAUUGGCGUCCAACGAUGUUGAUAUCUGUCUGAUCCCGGAGGCUCCCUUCAGCAUGGACAAGCUCUGCGAAUACACAACGGAGGUCUUGAAGAAGAGAGGACACUGCCUCAUCGUGGUGGCCGAGGGUUCUGCAUCUUGCCGCCCUACCCGACCUGAUGUGUUCUCUUGCUCAGGAGCUGGAUCCCAUCACUUCGAGGGAGUAGAUCUAGGAGUCGACGCCUCAGCCAAAGAUUUCCCUGCUGAGAUCCGAUACCUGGACCCCUCCUACCAGAUCAGAUCCGUUGCCGCCAACCCAUCAGACAGCGUCUACUGCUCGACCCUCGGAAGCACCGUUGUGCAUGGUGCCAUGGCGGGUUUCACCGGCUUCAGCUGUGGGCAAGUGAAUCACAGGUGA